AUGGCAGAACAUGACCCAGAGGAAGUAGUGGAGAUGGAGCUUUUUGUAGAUACCCUCCGCAACAUGGAGCCGACCGAGCUCCGAAAGCCCCUGAAGCUGCUUCCUAGGCCCCCACGCCCCUCCACCCUGGCCAAGCACGCGUUCCUCCCACCCAUCCAUGAAGACCGCAUCGUGCCCAAGUCAAGGGUUCCCCUCUGUGCUUUCACUGAGCAGAACUCAGAGGAAGCAAAGGAAGAACCGCAGAAGCAGCAGGAGGAGGAGAUGGAGGAAGUAGAAAACCCAUAUCUCAGCAACGACGAAAAAAGGGAGGAAACCGAUCCAGCUGGGAAAUCCUACCCUUGGGAAAAUAUGUCACACAAGACCGAGGAGGACAUUGGGUCUUUCCUGGGAAUGCUGAAGCAAAACCCCAACCAUUCAGAGGCCAAGGCAAUUGCGCCUAAAGCCAUCACCAACCAGGCCAACUUGAUCCGAGCCAACGUCCUCAAGGGCAUGUCUCUCUUGUCUGGCCUUGUGGACAAAAAGUCCGUGGAAGGCAAGCCUUACUCUCGUUUGGACAACAGCUUCCUCUACAGCAGGUUCAUCUGCCCAGAGAAGUGUCCACUCAAAGACCCUGUGCAAGGGCAAGAAGAGGAAUGCCCUGCUCUCCCACUGGCCUCAACUGUUCUGAAAGUCAGCCAGGAGUGCCAGGCAUCUCCAAAUGAGCCUCCAGCCGAAAAUGCAUGGGAAUAUCUGACCUUUAAGUCGAUGCCAUCCAGAUGCCAUGCUGAGCCUUCUUCCAGAGCACCAGGGGCGUAUGGUAGCUCCAAGCAGCGCGCCGCUCGGUCCAAGAAGGCAGAGUCAGCGUCCCAGCCAGAAGCUCAGGACGAGGAAAAGAAGCUUCCAAAGAAAGUUAACGUACGGCCUGGGAAGAUUGUCCUGUACUCUGAGUCCAACUUUGAGGGCCAGAAGAGAGAAAUCUGGGGUGAUGUGGCCGAUGCCACAUCCUGGGAGCUCUCCCACACAAUCUCCAUCCGAGUGGUCCGAGGCAGCUGGGUGAUGUACGAGAAGCCGCGGUUCCAUGGGCGGAAGUGUGUGCUGGCGGAAGGAGACGUGCAAAUCAGCAACCCAUGGGCGAUGUACCAUCAAGACGGGGCUGAAACGGAGAACCUGCCCGUCCACAUUGGCUCACUGAAGAGGGUUGUGCGGGACUACAAGACCCCUGAAAUCAGUUUGUUUUCCGAGGAGAAUGGCGAAGGCACAAAACGAACUUUCACAGAUUCUGCAGAGGACACACGGAUUCAGAGACAGCCUGUGAAAGCAUCUUCUAUCAUUGUAUACUCUGGCCUGUGGCUAGUUUACUCGAAACCAUACUUCGAUGAUGACCCUUACGUCUUAGAACCUGGUGGGUACCCUAAUUUGCAAGCCUGGGGAGCCAAGGAUCCUUCCAUCUGCUCCAUGCAUCCAAUCAAGCUGGGUUGCCCUGUUGUAGAGAAGCCUGGAGAACCCAAGGCUUUAGUUUAUGAGAAGCCACAUUUCCAGGGCCAUAGCUGGGAAAUCAGCCGAGACAUCUACAACUUGAAGAAGCCAGAAAACAACCAAGACUCCAAGAUGCCUACUGCAGGCUCUCUAAAGAUCUUAGGAGGCUGCUGGGUUGGCUAUCAGAAGGAAGGCUUCCGUGGGCAUCAGUACCUGCUGGAGGAAGGGGAAUACUGCGACUGGAUGCAGUGGGGAGGCUACGACGAAGAGCUGGUGUCGCUUCGGCUUAUCCGGACGGGCUUCCUGGAUCCAGCCCUCCUGCUGUCUGAGGCCAUGGACUUUGAAGAAGGACCCAGCAUUGAGCUCAGUGAAGCGCUGCCGGAUGUCUCACUGGCCAAUUACAGAUCGACAACACGGUCCAUCCAUGUCCUGAGUGGAGUGUGGGUAGCAUACGAAGGCAAGAAUUUCACUGGGGAACAGUAUAUCCUGGAGAAAGGAGUGUACCACAACUGUGAAGACUGGGGAGCGAACAACUACCAAAUCUGCUCGGUGCAACCUGUCCUACAAGUCAGAGAACACAGUCUGCACUUCAUUUCUAAGAUCCAGCUCUUCUCAGAUCCAGACUUCUUGGGGAGCUCUAUCUCUUUCACGGAGGACCAAGUAUCACUUCCAGACAACUUCAUCCUGCGCUCCUGUCGGGUCAGUGGAGGCAGCUGGAUCCUCUACGGCGACCAGCAGUUUAAUGGAGAGCAACACAUCCUGUCCGAAGGCGAGUAUCCGACACUGACCUCCAUGGGUUGCCUCUUCACCACGGACAUCCGCUCGCUGAAGAAAGUCCCCAUUUUCUUCUCCGAGCCCUCCAUCUUCUUGCACGCAUUGGAGUGUUUCGAAGGGAAAGAGAUCGAGCUGAACGGUGAAGUGCGCAGCCUGCAGGCUGAUGGGUUCAACAACCACGUGCUCUCUGUGCGUGUAAAGGGUGGCAUCUGGGUGCUGUGUGAACACAGUGAUUUCCGAGGCCGCCAGUGGCUGCUGGGCUGCGUGGAGAUCACCAACUGGAAGACAUACAGUGGGCUUCAGCACAUCGGCUCCCUGUACCCCAUCAGGCAGAAACGGAUCUACUUCCGGAUAAAAAAUGAAGAGCUGAAGUCCUUCCUGUCUGUCCCAGAUGAUGUUGAAGACAUGAAAGCUGGACGUGUUCUGGUCUCGGAGCUCAAUGACAAGAGCAGCUCCAUUUGGUACUACGAAGAGGGACUUAUGAAGAACCAGGUUGCGCCUAACAUGAGCCUGCAGGUGAUCGGUCCAGCAGCACAGGGUGCCAAGGUGGUGCUGUGGUCUGAGAGCCGAGUGCCCCGGCAGACUUGGCGCAUCGACUCCUUUGGGAGGAUCUGCAGCCAGAUGUUUGAAGACAAGUUGCUUGAUGUGAAAGGAGGCCGAUCAUAUGACCGGGAUCAUGCAAUCCUCUGGGAUUCUGCAGAGGAAAGACCCACACAGAUGUGGAGCAUUCAGGUGCUCUGAAGAGGUGGGGAGCAGGAAGGCUGGGCUGUGUGAGGUACCAGCAAUCGCUUUGUGGGACCCAGGCACUCACCCUUCCAUGACCAAGCUGCACCUUUGGGCCUUCGCACUGAGAAGG